AGGCAUUUGGCACCUUUCGCCGGCCGCGUUGUAUCUGCCCUUCCGACUUUCUGUUGCCAUGGCUGUCAGCACCUCGGGCGCGAAUAUGCCCGUAUCAUUGCAGACAGGCCUGGAAACGCCGGAGACGCCAGCGCAGACGCCAGCGCAGACGCCAGUGCAGGCUCAGGUGGACAUCGAGCAGCACGUGAAGCACGACCCAAAUUUCGCCCAGAGCCUCCAGGAGAGCCGCAGGCGCGACCUGGGCUUGGAGACGCCGCAGAUCCGGCGCUUCCUGGCGCAGACGCGGUUCCUGAGCCUGGGCGGCUUCUGCGCUGGGGCCUCGGCCUUGGAGGGGUUGGACCUGCGGAAGGCGGCGGGGCCCUUGGACUGGGUCCGCAGCUCCGCGCGGGGCGUGGCGCAGCUGCUGGACCACAACUUCCAGGGCUUCCUGGACCUCGAGAACUUUUCUCGGCGCGUGGGCGACUGCACGGUGCUCCCGGCGCGCUGGGAGGGCAGCUUUUGGCAUCACGACGUCACCCAGCCCGAGGUGCGCGAGGCGAUGCUGCGGCGCGCGGAGCGAUUCCUGGGCUCUUCUGAGGCCAACCUGGUGUUCCUGCGGGUGGUGAACGGCUCCUAUGAGCUCUCCCAGCUGGGCCAGUUGUACCGCAGCCUGCAGCAGCGCUUCCCCAAGUCUCGGGUCAGAUUGCUGGCCUUGGUGGACUUGCAGGACACAGAGUGCCUGCACAUGACGCAGGAGCUGGGGGAGGAUCUGAUCGUGGCCACUUUGAACAAGGACUCGUGGUUGGCACCGGUGGUGACGUCUGACUCCCCGGUGGAGCGGGUGCGGCGCUUGAUGAGCCGCACUAGCGACGCCUACGGCCGUGCGCUGGCUGCGGCCUUGCACGUGUGGGCGCGCGCGGCCCGGACCUUGCCGGCCCUGUGGCAGAACAUGGCGUGGCUGGAGCUGAGCCUCUCGCCCUUUUAUGGGGGCGACCCGCACUCUGCGGCCUUUGAGCCCCGGCCUGUGGGCGCCAGCAUUUUUCAGGCGCUUCAAGCCGCCACUGCCACCUUCGUUCAGCUGCCGCACGCGGUCCACGCGGUCCACGCUGUCCACGCGGUCCACGCGGUCCACGCGGUCCACGCAGCGGCCGCCCAGAUUGCGGCACCUGGCGCCGCGCGGCCAGCGCCGGCUCCCGUCACGCCUGCUGCGCCUGUUGCGCCCGUUGCGCCAGCGCUGCGGCCUCUGCACCCGUCCAGGGUGAUCUCAGCGGCCUGAGUUGUACAAUAUGUAUUCUUGCGGCCAAAUGGCCAAUCGUUUUCCUUGACAGGAAUAUCAUGUUCUAACUGGUGUGUCGAAUUGAAGGGUAUCCCUGAAGGCGUUGUGUCAAAUUGGGAACCAGGCCCGACUGGGGACCCUCAUUUGGAGACACACCCGGCUUUUUCUGCGCCAUGGUCAUACAGAAAGACAACCCCU